UAUAUUGUUAUAAUCAUUUGUUUCAGAUGUACGGUAAUUAUUUUCUGUAUAAAAAUUAGUUUGGUGUUCAAAAAGGCUUUUUUCAAACUUGAGUUUUGAAAAAGAGGGGGUCGUCUUAUGAUCAGGGGCAUCUUAUAUUCGGGCCAAUACGGUAAUUGUCCACUAUAAUCCCCCCACUCGGGGGUUCCCGUUUAUGCUCAUCACACCCAGGCCCUGUUCACAUUAGUUCCGCCACUGGUGGCAGUAACUAAUUUGUAUCUGUAGAAAAUUAUGGAACCAAAUUUGAAAAUAAAUAAAUAAAUGAAUGAAUAAAUAAAUAAAUGAAAAUAUAGAAGUAUAUUUUUUCAUUGACUUUUUAUAUUCCAUACAAUUUAGUUUUGUUGCAAUUAACAUUAAAAAAAGGACAAAUGUUAUCCCUUGAGCAACAAUGCCUGAGUCAGCAGAGGGUGCUGUGACUCCGACAUGACGGUUGUGGACGUCUCCCAUCGAUCUCCCCUCUUUGCUGGUCCACCAAACUGCUUUGUAGAGCUUCACCCUUCUGCCUAACAAUUUGUCCUCACAAUUGAAAACACUCAAGUCGAAGAAAAUACACCUCCUGCGGUAUUUUGUGCCAUGUUAGAAAAUCAGCGCUACAUGCUAAGUAGGACGCAAAAAGAGUUUUCAACGGUUGGUGAAGCAUUGGGUUGGUUGGACGUUUGAAUUCUAAGAUUUUUUUUGUGUUUUUUUCAGUCAGCUGAUAUCAAUCUUCCCUGUUAGCUGAGCAAUUAUGAAGAUGAAAAUGAUGAUGGUCUGGGCACCCUGCAGGAAAUGUCUGCAGGUGUUUUUGCUCCUUCUCCUGGUGGCAAAACUAAAGGGCAAGGUAACAGCGCCGGAGCGAGUGCAGGCCAGCGUGGGCAAGCCCUUCACAUUGACGUGCGCCCUCGCCAAGGACCGAGGCGACGCCGUCAAGCACGUGUACUGGCUGGAUGUCAACAACCGCACGCUUCUCAGCUACCAGCCCGGCAACAAAGACAGCGUGAGCAGCCAGCAGCACGUGGAGCUCACACCGUCCUCCAAAGACACCUAUUCCGUCACCAUCCAGAGGGUGAGCUUCAGGGAUGAAGGAUGCUACCUCUGCGUCUUUGACAUGGUCCAGUCUGGAACCAAACAGGGACGCACUUGCCUGACUGUCACUGCAUCGGUGAAUUCGGAUGGCAACAAAACGGCGCUAACCGGGAAAACGGCGACCCUGUCGUGCUCUUAUGGCCUGCCCGAGAAAGUGCAGCAGGUCACCUGGAAGUUCACCGCGGCACCGGGCGGGCUCUCUUCAGACGUGGCGUCCUACGCCGACAAGAGCGACCCCAUGAUCGAAGCCGCCUACCAGGGAAGGGCGUGGCUGAGCGCAUCGCUGUCGGAUAGCACGCUCACCAUCCGUCCCGUGGCCAUCCGGGACGAGGGAUGCUACACGUGCGUGUAUGGCACGUGGGAGGACGGGCCCAAGAGCUCCACCGUGUGCCUUUCAACGUAUGCACUACCCAAACCUCAAGUUAGCUACAAGAGCACGUCAGCCGGCGUGAUCGAGGCCAACUGCAGUGCCGUGUCGCGGCCCCCGGUGGAGAUGGCGUGGAACGUGGAGCGCGACAACCGCACGGUGGGUCCGCCCGUCACCACGCAGCUGCCGCAGGAGGACGGCACCACGCUGGUGAUCAGCACGCUCACGCUGCAGUCCGGAUUGCUCAAGGACGUGUCCGUCAAGUGUCUGGUGCACCACAAGGGCCUCGAAGCGCCCAUCGCUGUGUCCAUGAACACUAAAAUCGGGACAGCGCUAGCCAUUCUCAUCUCAGUGACUACGGUGGCAGCGCUGCUGGUGCUGGCCCUCUGCUUCUGUCUGUGGAAGUGCUUCCUGCGCAAAGAAGCUGACUGAUGACCUCAAUGACACUCCACCGCAUGUUUGUAUCAUCUCAGCAUUGGGGACCGACAUUCAUACCGGCCCAGGGUGGUAAUCGCUAUCCUUCUUAGGAUCAACAACCUUAUGGCAUUAUUAAAACUAGCUAAACACUAAAUAUUCAAAGUAUAAUUACAAAAAUUUUGACUGGAAAUUAUCAUUAAAACAUGUUUUUUCAUGAUUAUCAUUCUCCUUUUUUAGGAUAGGAAACCAAGAGUGAUUUAUUCUGGGGGAAAAAAUGUAUAAAAUAUGAUAUUAGGCCCUUUUAUUGACUUGUAUAAAGAAUACUUCUACUACGCUGACCAUGCACAGUUAUAUUCAUUAGAAUUACAGACACAAUGUGAACUGUUAUAUUUUCAUCCCAAAGAACACGUGUAAUCCAAAUAAAGAACAAACCAUGACAAUGUACUUUGUUACUGAAAAUUAUGUAA